AUGGUUGUAGAAAAGAAUACAUUUGCAAGGAUAUGGACACAUCCGGUGACGGAGUAUUUGAAAGGACAAUGGUUUCUUUACUGUCUAGCCAUUUUCAUCGUCAUUGCUCGAUUUGCACCGAAUUUUGCUGCUGACGGUGGACUCAUCAAGGCACAAUACAGUAUUGGAUAUGGGGCUGUUGCUUGCAUCUUCCUCGAGAGCGGUCUGAGUAUGAAGACGGCUCGACUGAUGGCAAACAUGGGCAAUUGGAGAGCACAUCUAACCAUCUUAGUGAUCAGCUUUCUGAUCACGUCAUCGAUCGUGUUCGGCUUCUGCUGCGCCGUGAAGGCGGCAGAUGAUAGUAAUAUUGAUGAUUGGGUGCUUGUAGGUCUCAUAUUGACCGCUACAUGUCCGACUACGGUGGCUUCCAACGUCAUUAUGACCGCUAACGCCGGUGGAAAUGAUCUUCUGUGCAUCUGUGAAGUGUUCCUUGGGAACCUGCUCGGCGCUUUCAUUACGCCGGCGCUAGUGCAAAUGUAUCUAAGAAACGACCCGUUCUCUUUUGCUAAUCCAGCUAGUGGGGAGGGAAUCGGCGCACUGUAUGGAAGAGUCAUGAAGCAAGUCGGGCUUUCUGUUUUCCUUCCAUUGUUCGUUGGUCAGGUUAUUCAGAAUGUAUUGCCCAAGCCAACGAGCAUAGUUAUCGGGUUUCUGAGAAAAUACCAUUUGAAGAUUGGCUCCUAUAUGCUUCUUCUGAUCAUGUUCAGUUCAUUUUCUACCGCGUUCAAGCAGGAUGCUUUCACUAGCGUCUCGAGCCUUUGCAUCAUCUUUGUCUGCUUCUUCAACUUCGGCAUCUAUUUGUUAUUUACAGGCAUCUGCUUUUUAGUGGCAAGGCCUUACUUCAUUAUCAAAUUGUUUGCCGUGGAACCCAUCAAAGGGGAAUCUUCUGCUUUGUAUUAUUACUCGUACAAGUUAUUCCGGCCAUUCUACUACAACAAAAGAGACACUGUCUGCAUAAUGUUCUGUGGUGCUGCCAAGACUGCAGCUCUGGGUGUCUCGCUAGUCACCUCCCAGUAUGGUGAUGAUAAAUCUCAUUUAGGUAAACUACUGGUACCAUUAGUGCUCUAUCAAAGCGAACAAGUCAUCGUGGCUGGUUUCUUCGUUCCUUUCUUCAGGAGAUGGUGCCGCGAUGAGCAACCGGAAGAUCAAGAUAAUACCAGAAAAGAUAUAGAAGCGGGGCUAUCACACCACGAAGUUGGGGAGGAUCCAAAGCUCGACUCUGGUAGUCAAAAAACCGACUCAGAUUAA